GUAAACGAAUAAUAUAAGACAUACAAAUACCUCAGUUAAAUUAUGAAUAAAUUGUACUCAAUUAAAUAUUUCAGAGAUAAAGAUUUCUUGAGCGUUUACGAUGGGUGUAUUACGUGCGACGUUACCCGGAAGCAAACUAACGAGCACAAACUUAUAGCACAUUGCAUCAGCUCAACUUUUGUUGGGAUCGAUGUUAAUUCUGAAUACGUAUUCAAAGAUUUAAAUCCAUGUAUUGAUAAAAGUCAUAAAUUAAUUUGCACGCCACGUGAAAGUGUCUUAAAACAAACAAACAUAACAGACACAUUUACCCGUAAAAGAAAAAGUCCCAAACAAGGUAUUUCUCAAUCAAACGAAAAAAAGAAACGAGACACCGACGUCAUAAAACAAUUUAAAAACUUACGGGAAUCAUUAGGAAUAACAUCAAAGAACAUAAAAGAAAAUUUACAAAAGACAGCCGAAUCAACUAGUUUAAACGAAAUCAAUGAAAAACCUCAAAGUAUCUCUCCAUUAGAAAUUGAUGAAAGUAAUUUUAAUGAUACUAUAGAAGCAUCCGACACGGAGGAACAAAAUGAAGAUGAUAAAAUUAUGAAUAUUUUAAAUGACAUAGAAAGUAAUAAGGAAAACACUGAUCCUUUAACACAAAAAACAGGAAAAACAUAUAAACUAGAUUCCAGUAUAGCAAAUUUCAAAGCUAUGUCAGCAAAUGAUAGACAUGUUUGCUUCAAUAUAAAUAAAUAUAAACGAAAGAAGACAUCAAAUAAUUCAAGCUUCAUAGAAUCUAUAGAAAAUAAAUCUUGCCAAAAUGAACCACUGGUUACGGAAUCUGAUGCGGGAUUCUCAAACGCUAUAAGAGAACAUUUGAAUCAGUUUAUUGUCAAUGUUCAACAUAAAAACACAAAUAAAAUUGACAUGCAUCUUUUAUUAGACAACGAUUCUAAUCAUCCAGAAGCAGCUGCUGAAAGCACUAAUGUAAGGAAUACAAUUGAUAAAAAUAUGCUCAACGGAGAUACUUCACCCCAAAAUACACAUUUGAUACAAUCGACAUCCGAUUCCCAAUUGGUUCAGCAAAGAAUCCCAAUAAAAUAUAAAAACAAUAAUAUGAUGGAUCAAUUACAGAACGAUAACACGAAAGAUCUUGCUAUCCCAGAACCUCUUAUCUCUUUACCAAAUAAUUAUAACGACAACAUUUUACCAAGUAACAAUGAUAAUAGGAUUGUCAAACAAAUCAAUCCAAGUCUACCUGAUAAACAAAUAAAUCUGGAAAAUAUGCAUGAGAAACCCGUUGAGUCAAACAUAAAUAAUUCAAUUGGUUACAAUAAUUUCUUGGUACCGAUCCAACCUUCUUCGAUGCUAACCUCACAAAACCGAGACAUUUCUUUACACCAUGAUUCUAUACCCGCACAAAAUGAUUUUAAUAAUUAUCAAAUUUUGGAAAUAGUAGGGCCGAAAUCUAUAGACACAUUAAAUAGGAACGAUUUUAAAUAUACAAAAACAGAAGACAACGUUGACGUAAACCAAUAUUUCUUCAGUGCAACGAAAAUAAACUCGUACACAAAGGUUUUACCAGAGCGACAAAUACAUAUAGUUGGUCGACUUAAAGUAGACUUUAAUGUAAUGGAAAUAAAAACUAAGGGUAAUAACAGUAAUACGGAUUAUUCAGAAUACAAUAAUUCUGAAAAUGAUGAAAUAAAUAAAAAUAUUGAGGCUGAUGAUAUUGAACGAACUAACUUAGAUGGCAUAACCGGUUGUACUAAUUCACUAAAUUGCUCACCAACACGAACACUUAGUAAUAUGAUUAAUAAUGAUACAAAGGUUUGCUAUAAAUCUACGGCAAGAAAUACAGAAAUAGAAAAUAAACUCGUCUUGGCCAACAAUCAGAAUACAGAAAAUGGUAAACAAAAUAAAGUCGUUGAUGUUAAAGACAUUUUACAGAAAUACCAAAGAAAAUGUCACGUCAGCCAAUAUACUCCGUCGCAGUCAUUCAAAGAAUCGACUACUGAACGUGGUAUAAGCCAAAAUUUGCUUAAUGAACCUGAAAAGGAUAAAAAACCAAACAGACAAUACAAAAUAAGAGAUUUCGAUAAAAUCAACAUUCCGCUUCCCGAAGCAUUAGCAUCAGUUAUAACUGAAUCCAAAAUUAAUUCUCAAACAUGUGUGAAGAAUUUUAAUAAUACUUCAAACCAAAUUAACGAAGCUAACACAAUACCAUUAGAUAAAGAAGAAAAAGAGAUAGAUUUAACUCCUACAAAAGAAUCUUUUAAAUAUACAAUAGAUGAUGAUUUAUCUGACUCUCCUCCUACAGAUAUUACACAAAAUGAUUAUGACUUAAGUCAAACCAUGCUUAACCCAAAAACAUUAUUGCGGGCCGUGAAUGAUGAGGUUAUAGUUCCUCCACCACCUGAAUUUUUGGAUACUUAUUCCCCAACAUAUGACAAAAACGAUUUUAGUAAUAAUUUUAACGAAUACUAUGAUCCGGAGGACGCUAUUUCUGAAGAAAAAAUUGAUUAUGAACCAAAUUCGGAAGGACUCAAAGAAGAGUGGACUUUAUCAAGAGAAGACGAUAUAAGCUAUACUCCAUACGAAAGUACAAGUCAAAAUUUGUCGUUGUCAGAAAGUUUAACUCAACGCACGAUGAAGUUAAACAAAUUCAAAUUUAGAAAAAAUAAUAAUUACAAGUUUAAAAAAUGA